GGGAGAGCGAACCGCGGCGAGGAUCACCGAGCUCGGCCGAAGGGGACGCUCGCUCUGGCUCGCUGUUGUGCUUUCGUUCGAGACCAAGAACGGAGGUUCACCACAACCCCUUUCGCCACCCCUUCGAUAUAUCUCGAUGAUUUCCCAUUUAAACGAUCGGACACGGUGCUAAUCACGUCGCGCGGCCAGUGAUUCCUAUGAAAAUUGCUUCAAAACCUACGAAGACACCCUUCGAUCAAGCGGAACAAUUCGGCUGAGAAGAUUCAUCCCCCGAGACACUUAUUUCUUUUUCUUCCCCUUAUUCAGUGUGAAGUUAGAUCGUGCGAGUCGUUGAUACGAUUCGAAGGGAAGAUUUAAGGGAUGAUGUGACGAUCGGAUACAGACAGUUAAUUUUGGUUCGUUGGUGCGACGUUCAUCCCAAAGACGUAGUCUCAGCUUUUGCCUGGCAAUCGUUCAGUGUUUGUUUCGCUUUUCCUCCUGCGGUCCACCGUUGAACGUGUUUAUCGAUCAUUGUAACGAUACAUAACGGUGAGAGAAGUGUUAUAAAUACGUCGCGAAUAAUGGUAAAGGUGAUGCAGACGCGUCAAUCGUGUUUCGAUGCGUGUCACGCUCUAAUGUUCCUGAAUAAUUGUCGCUGGUAACUCGAUCGGAACCUUCGACGAAAAGGGACCCGGCCGAUUUUGACGAGUCGACGUUGUGUUUAUACAUGUGUUCUACGAAACGGUGUUCCGUACAUGCGUCUACAACGUUCUUAAAAAAUUAACGUGCCAGUAAACCGUAAGCUACGAUCAAGGAUGACCACGAUUGUCCAGCUGCUGUCUCGUCGCAGAAAGAACCAUGGCGUAUUUUCGUCGACUGAACAACUCGGCUACCAAGAGGUAUCGUCGAAACCAAUAGAUGCACAACUUGAAAACCGAAGGGUAUGAGGAUCGCAACGAUGGUAACUGUUGCAUACUUCCAUGACAAUGAUUCUAACCAGAAUCAAGAAAACGUCCGAACAGUUAUAAGGGUAGCGAUUCAGUAAAAGGAAGAGAAAGAAGGAUAACACGAAAAACCAAAUCAUGGGAUCCCUGCCGAAUCUUCACGAGUUGUCUAAGGACAAGCUAGAGAGUCCUGCUUACAGGCCAGCACCGAUCGGUGGUUUAGGACCUAUACGACUGCCAGCUCAACCUCCACCACUAGCACAUACACAUAGACGCGCCAGAAGUAAUGGUCAUCACCAUAAUCUGUGGGAUAACGAUGCUAUGCUAGAGCACAUGGCAGCUUAUUCGCCCAUCUCCUGUCGUUCGACAAGGACUUCCGCUUUAUCGUGGCGGCGACGAGACUCGAUGAAUUCAUCGGCAGGAGCAUCAUCGGUGCGUCGACUGAUUGCCGCCGUGAGAGCUGCACCCUCUGGUCCUCGGCCGCCGAAAAAAGCAAUUCUGAGGCAUUGCGUGGCCCUCCUCUUGGGCCAUGCUACCUGUUCAGCCGCCACGUUGCCCAUGUUUCCAUUGCAGGCUGGUCUCGGCACAUUCAAUCCGCAUUUAGGACCGAUGCUUUUAGCUCUUCUCUACGCGACCGCAACGAUCACCAGCUGCUUUGCACCGAUCCUCGUGCAAAGACUCGGAACUAAUCUCGCGAUAAGUUCCACUCAUGUAAUUACCACUGUCUUCGUCGGGGUGCAUCUUUAUCCAAAAUGGUACGUGCUAUUACCUAGUUAUGCAGCACUAGGUGCUUGCAUUACACCGAGUUUCAUAGCACGAGUUUCGCACGUAAACACAUCAGCAACUAGUCUAGCUCUGGUGUGCGUUGAUCCCGAGGAUCCUGAUGAAACAAGACGCGAGUGCCUUCUGAGACGACUUAAUAGAGGAAUUAAAUUAGCAGAAGACAUAGGUCUCGCACUGGGUUGUCUAAUCGCUGCCAUACUUGUAAAACUGACAGAUUCAGUACCAUUUGAUACAUUAAACAAUGAAACAAAUGAUGUCUGUGGAGCCGAAUAUUGCCCAGAGGAAGUAUACCUUGAAAAUGGCACAACUAAUAUACCAUUACUACCACCUGGAACAUCCAGAAUACUGAUCAGUAUAUGGCUUGGUCUUGCAGUCCUUGGUUUAAGUAUAUCCUGUGCUUUUCUUGAUUCUAGAAUGAAAGAACCACAGAACGUGAAUGAAAAGCAUAGCACUCAAAAUAUCCUUGCAUCUGUAAAAUCUGCAUUUCAAGAUCCCAAAUUACAAUUGGCUGCACCUCUAACUCUUUUUAUCGGACUUGAGCAAGGAUUUAUCUACGCAGAUUUCAUAGAAGCAUAUGUAGUAUGUGCUUUGGGAGGAGCUGGCACAGUAACUCUAAGUUUUUUAAGUUUAGCAUCAUUACAAGCCCUUGCUGGUGUAACACUAUCGAUGUUAUUAAGACACAUAAAAAGAUAUUUUGUUGUAGUUGUUGGAUUUGUAUUCCAUGCUUGCUUAUUACUGGUUCUGAUGACAUGGAGACCAUCUGGUGAUGAUCCAGCUCUCUUUCAUGUUAUAUCUGCUGCUUGGGGAGUUUGUAAUUCUAUUUGGGAAACUCUAAUAUAUACACUAGUGUUGGGUUUAUAUCCAAAUUCUUGGCAAGGACCUCUAUCAACAUCUCUUUUUUGGAGAUGGCUUGGUCUUGCUUUAACACUUGGUUUACAUGGACUAGUCUGCACACAAUUUAGGGUACUAGGCCUUGCUUGUGUACUACUUCUAUCUGUGGUUCCUUACAUAUGGCUAGAAAUUAGACUAGCAAAAAGAGGUAAAAGUUUGGCACCAUUGUGACUGGGAAACUCAACUACGAGUGAUCAUGGUUCAAGCACUAAAACAGACGCUCGUUACAGAGAUUGAGACAAACUCGUUCUAUUCAACUUAAGAAUGGCUAAGAGACAUAGUAGAAGCAGGAAACCUUUUAUGUUAUAUGGUACAAGUAGAACAAAGAGGUGCACACGACGGAGAGCUCACAGUGUUGCCUUUGCAAGUAAUAUUGAGCAGAAUGUAAAUACAAAGGACGUUCUGUUACAAUGUUCACCAAUAACUGUAGAUAACCAUCAAAAAAGUACUAAAGCUGAUGACAGCUCUGUUCUUCCUGUCUCUUCAAGCUGAAUUUAUAAUAAAUUCUCAGUAAUCUCAACAUUUAAAUAAUAGACUGGGAUAAAAUAACCGAUCAGUUUUUAAUUAAUGAUCUAAUUUAAUUGUAUUUUAACUCAAUUAUAACUUAGUUACACUGUAGAAUGUUUAUACUUUGUCAUAAAGUUUAUACUUCAACUACAAGUUAUAUUCUUAGAUGAGACUCCUCAUCAAGUAAUAUAUUUCUUUUCAAAACACUCAUAUUAAAGUCUUUUGAUACCAAUAAUUGUAAUUAUCUCUUUUGAUUGUUAAGAUACAUGGAGUGUUUUCUACACUGAUUCAAGGAAUCAUUUAUAAUUCAUAUCACAGUGUUAUAUACCGCUUAAUUUGAAUUAAUAUUAAAUACAACAUCAGAAAAAGGAAGAAAUAAGUAGAAUGAAUUGAUUAAAAUAUUCAAGACUUUAAACAACAAUGAUAA